AGUUGCUUAAAAUAACACCAAUGUAGUAGGUUCAAUUCGUACAUGCAACACAAAAUAAUAGUUGUAUGACGAAAAUAAUGAUUGAACAGUAGUGUAAUUAAUUACCAACAAUUACACAGAUAAAUCACACAGAUCAACCACAAUAACAAUUAUGAACAGAAUUUCAAACAUAUAUGCAUAUUCUAGUGUUAGAUGUCCACGUACUCACCUCGUUGGUUCGAUUCAAUCGAAGGAAGCGUCACUCGCGGCAGGUCACCCAGAUUGGUCGUCGAAACUGCCCCUGCUGGCCGGAUUGACUUGCUGCCCGAACUCAGUCAAUCAAGGCCCAGACUUUGCCGGUCGCUGGAGGUCACUGGCCGGAGCACCGCCGCUGUUUAAUCGCCGGAAUUCGUCGGUCAACGCUGCCGCUGGUUCUGUUCACGGCCAACACCCAGUCACCACCAUCGCAGAGAUCGCCAGAGUCACUGCCCAAGCACCGUCAUCGGUCUGGCGCUUCGCUUCGCUGGAGCAGACGUCGCUGGACAGGGGGGUCGCCGGUGGAAUUCGUCACCGUCGCUGCUAGACUUCUCACCGGAGGGAAACUAAGGCGGUCAUCAUCGCUGCUAUCCAAACUCGUCGAGGUUGCCAGGAGAACCGCCGCCAAUAAGUUUGCAGAUUCGCGCUGUUGCUCGGCUUGAUCGGAGAAGAAGAGAGCUGGAGGCGGCGUCGAAUCGUAGAAGAACAAGAAGAUCCGGGUCUGAGAACGAGAAUGUUAUAUUUAUAUACCUAGGGUUUUGUGCUCUGUAAUUUUAAAAUAACGUGUCUCAGUAAAACACACUUUUCGGG